CGCUCCAGAAGCAGCAGCGGAAGUGAAGAAGCCCGUGAAAUGGAUUAAAAGUGUGCGUUACGGGCUGUUUGCGGGCUCCGUGCGGCCCGUGGCCUCUCGGAGGAUCUGCAGCCGCUCCCAGGAUGUCUCGAAGCGGGGACAUUAUCCACCUGAAUGUCGGGGGGAAGAGGUUCAGUACCUCCCGGCAGACGCUCACGUGGGUUCCUGACUCCUUCUUCUCCAGUCUGCUGAGCGGACGCAUCUCAACUCUGAAGGACGAGACAGGAGCUAUCUUCAUCGACAGAGAUCCGUCGCUCUUCGCUCCGAUCUUGAAUUUCCUGCGAACCAAAGAGCUCCACCCCCGCUCCAUCAACGUGCACAUGCUCAUGCACGAGGCCGAGUUUUACGGCAUCACACCACUGGUGAGAAAACUGCAGCUGUGUGACGAGUUGGACCGAUCAUCCUGUGGGAAUGUUCUGUUCAACGGAUACCUGCCUCCUCCAGUUUACCCGGCGAAGCGGCGAAACCGCCACAGUGUGGCGGGGUCACAGUUCAUGGCAGGGCGAGCGGCGGCGCCGGAGCGAGCGCCCGUCAGACGCAGCAACACCAUGCCGCCCAACCUGGGCAACGCCGGGAUCCUGGGCCGGGCGGCGAGCGAGGAGAGGGCGGCGGCAGGUCCGGUGUCUGACCCUGGCUUGGUGCGGAUCAUCUGUGGACAUCAUAACUGGAUUGCUGUGGCCUACGCUCAGUUUGUCGUCUGCUACAGGGUGAAGGAGUCCACCGGCUGGCAGCAGGUCUUCACGUCUCCUCGACUCGACUGGAUGAUCGACAGAGUGGCGCUCAACGCCAAGGUGAUGGGCGGCUCGCUGGGAGACAACGACAAGAUGGUGGCGGUGGCGUCCGUCACAGAGAUCAUCCUGUGGUCCAUCUGCCCCGACGGCAACGGGAAUGAAAUCGGCGUCUUCAGUCUCAACGUGCCUGCCGAGGCUCUCUUCUUCGUUGGUAACCAGCUGAUCGCCACCAGCCACACGGGGAAGGUCGGGGUCUGGAACGCCGUCACUAAACACUGGCAGAACCAGGACGUGGUUCCGAUCAGCAGCUAUGACACGGCCGGGUCCUUCCUCAUCCUCGGCUGCAACAACGGAUCCAUCUACUACAUCGACGUCCAGAAGUUUCCUCUGAGGAUGAAGGACAACGACCUGCUGGUGACGGAGCUGUACCGGGACCCGACGGAGGACGCCAUCACCGCUCUCAGCGUCUACCUCACUCCCAAGACCAGUGACAGCGGGAACUGGAUCGAGAUCGCGUACGGAACCAGCUCGGGGACGGUCCGGGUCAUCGUCCAGCAUCCGGAGACGGUGGGAUCGGGACCUCAGCUUUUCCAGACCUUCUCCGUCCACCGCAGCCCCGUCACCAAGAUCAUGCUGUCCGAGAAGCACCUCAUCUCGGUCUGUGCAGACAACAACCACGUGCGCACCUGGACGGUGACUCGGUUCCGGGGGAUGAUCUCCACCCAGCCGGGAUCCACGCCGCUCACCUCCUUCAAGAUCCUCAGCCUGGACGAGGUGGACGGACACGGCGGCUGCAGCGCCGGGACGGAGAUCGGGCCGUACGGCGAGCGGGACGACCAGCAGGUCUUCAUCCAGAGAGUCGUGCCCGAUACCGACAAGCUGUACGUCCGACUGUCGUCCAACGGGAAGAGGGUGUGUGAGGUGCGCUCGGUGGACGGGACCUCCAUCACGGCCUUCAUGGUCCACGAGUGCGAGGGUUCCAGUCGGAUCGGCUCCCGUCCCCGCCGGUACCUGUUCAGCGGCCACAGCAACGGCAGCAUCCAGAUGUGGGACCUGACCACGGCCAUGGAGAUCGCCGGCAAGGUGGACAUCCGGGCGCUGGGCGGGCCCACGGAGGAGGAGCUGCUGGAGCUGCUGGACCAGUGCGACCUGGCCCUGACCCGGACCCCCGACAGCACGCCCAGGGCCUCCACCAGCAGUCUUCACUCGCAGCUCGCUGAAAGUUUCCGGACGGAGCGUCUCCACUCCGCAGGAGGUCGAGGAGCUGCUGGAGCUUCAGGUUCAUCUGCCUCGCUGUGCGGCAGCCUCCCCCGGCAGGCUCCGCCCCCCCUGCCCCUCGCCAAACCCAGCAGAGACCCUAUCCACAGCCCCGCCCACCCCAUGCACGGCCCCGCCCACCCCAUGCACGGCCCCGCCCACCCCAUGCACGGCCCCGCCCACCCCCACAGCCCCCGCCCCCCGCGGCACCAGGACCGGGAGGCGGUGCGGCGAGGCAGCUUCGUGGAGCGCUGCCAAGAGCUGGCCAAAGGCUCGGAGGCGGGCCUGGAGGGCGGUAGGCGGAGCCUGGCGGUGUGCAGCGAGCUGGAAGCCCGGUUCGGCCUCCGCACGCCCACCACCUUCUCCGUGUCGCCCGGCGCCCGCCCUCCGCCGGGAACGCAUUCAUCGCUGUCCUCGACGCCGUUGUCCCCUUCGUCCUUCUCUUCACCGCAGCGUCGGGCCACGCCCACCUCCCCUCCAAGCCCCGCCCCUUUAGCUGUGAGCCCCACGCGUUCUGCGGCGCCCACUUCUCCCCGCCGGGUCGCUGCCGCAUCACCCACAGAAGUCCCAGCAUCACCCGAAGGCGCCGCCAGUCCAGAGAGCGCCACCUCGGCCCCGCCCACUGCCCCGCCCACUGCCCCGCCCACCAGCCCCAAGCCACACAUGAACGAGACCAGCUUCUGAUUCAGCUUCCAGCUGCCUGUCUGGUUCUCCGCCUGGUUCUGUUUCUGGUUGUGGUUCUGUGCAUCUUUCUCUUUUUGUUUGUUUCUGUUUAUCUUUCCGGUUCUGUCUCUGGUUCCGUUUGGAUGUUGACGUUCCAGAAUCUUUCCAUUUAAACUCAGAUUAACAGUAAAUUCUUCGGAUGGAACGACUUCAUCAAACUAACAAAGUUUAAAAAAAAAAGAAAAAUACAAGCACGAAGUUAUUCCUGUUUUUUACAUUUAUAAUAAUGUUAAAUAUUAAAUUAUUUCUGCAGCAGAU